CCGGCCGCGACAUCAACCUGUGUGCCCGACAGCUUGGCAUUUUGAGGCCUUGUACUGCCUCCCGAAAGACGAUGUAACACCAGGUUCUGCGCGUGCUUAUAUCAGGCCUAUAAAGAAGACACUCCCCGUUGUCAGGACCAUUUAGACAACACAUACACCUCUGGCCGGGAUCUUGAGGGCCAUUCACGCAACUGCUUCAGUGUAUAACACUGUAGCAACAAUGCCCCUGUUUGAAGAGAAGUUGGGCAAUGGCGAAGGGUCGAACAUCGACAACGCUUUCAGUCAAUCCAAGAAUACUCAGGAUGAGGUCGAAUGUGCGACACCAACUGGGAUCAAUGUCCUCGUCGUAGGAGCCGGAGUCGGCGGUCUUGCCACGGCGCUUGAAUGCGUCCGCAAAGGACAUUCUGUCCGCGUCGUGGAGCGAUCCCAGUCUGCAAGUGCCGGAGGCGACAUGUUCACUAUUGGCGCGAAUGCUCUGCGACUUCUGGACAACUACCCGGCUAUGAGGCGGGAAUACGAUGAGAUCGCCAUCCACAACCUGUGGCUGAGAUAUCGCAAAUGGACUGGAGAAGAUCUUGGAGAUCCAUUUCCUUUCGGUGGCGGAGCGAAAGGAGCAGAAGAGAACAAGCAUGCGAAGAAGCCACCUAUGACCACUGUCCUCAGGCCAUUGUUUCAUAAGAUGCUGUACCAUCAGCUCGAACGAUUCGGGAUUGAUGUUCGCUUCGGUGUGAACGUCAGAGAAUUUUACGAGGACGAAGAUCGUGGCAUUGGCGGCGUUGUCACAGAGAGUGGCGAGAGGAUCGAAGCAGAUAUUGUUAUUGCUGCUGAUGGUUUGCAUUCGAAAUCACAUUCGCUCGUAUCCAAGGAUGCUCCGGAGGCGAAACCAACAGGCCGCACCAUCUUCAGAUCUGCGUUCUCUCUCGACAUUGCGGAAGCAGACCCACUUGUGGUCCAGACGUUUGGGCGACUCGACGGCAAAGAUCCAUUGAUGCAGGUCUGGCUUGGUCCCGAGACUCAUGCUGUCGUGCUGGCAUAUGUGGACAAGCACGGCGAAAAUGGACGUCUCUGUUUUGGAGUGACUUUCCGCGAAGAAGAGAGCGAGAAUCGAAAGGAGACCUGGAACGAUACUGUUCCCUCUGAAGAGGUUCUGGCUGUUAUGGACCGACUUCCAGGCUGGAGUGAAGCCAUGAAACAGCUUCUACGCCUUACUCCUCCGAAACACAUUGUAGCAUGGCCGUUGAACCCUCGCAACCCCACCGCGCAGUGGUACUCACCCGGUGCUCGUGUACUGCAAGUCGGCGACUCCGCACACAGCUUCCUCCCAACAUCAGGCAAUGGGGCCACACAGGCUAUAGAGGAUGCCAUAACGAUCGCCGCUUGUCUUGCACACGCCGGUAAAGAUCAAAUCUCAACCGCAGUCAAAUCAUACAACCUCCUUCGUACCGAUCGUGUCUCCUGUGCGCAACUACUCGGUUACGUCAAUGCCGCUCGCGUGCAGAAGACGGACUUUGAGAAGGUCGGAAGAGACCCUAGCAAGGUGCAACAUAAGACUCCCAAAUGGCUUUGGGCACUCGAUCCUGAAGCUUAUGCUAAUGACAAUUAUUCGGAAGCUGCGAAGAGCCUGGAGCUUGGAGCACCAGUAUUCAAGAACACGAAUAUACCUGAGGGGUAUACGCCGAAACCUUGGACGAUUGAUGAGGUUGAAGAGUCACAAAAGGCUGGGCAGCCGAUUGAGCUUGAGGGUGACUGGAGUUGAUCAAAGAAGCUGUCAUGUUUGCAAUGACAAGUUCAACUUCUGUCGAUGUGUCUUUAAGCAUAACAUAAUGGAACAGCCAUCUGUGUGCACUCUGCCAUCAAAAUGCGAAUUCGCCAUGCGUCGUUUAUGUACCUGUAGCG